CAGGGGACCAAGGGAGUCAUGAGCGGGCUGAGGGAUUCGGAGUUCAUUUUAGAAACAGGAAAAUUAGAUCUAAGAGUUCCUGCCUCGGUUUCCCUAUCUGCGAAAUGAAUUAACAUUGAUGCCCCAAGGCUACCGUUUGAUGAAAGAUGAAGUGCGGACAGGUGGUUUGUAAAACACAGAACGUUGUAGAGCGUGUAGGAAGGCACCAUACUUGUGGGUAUACUUGAAAACAGGUAAAUAUUUCCAUAACCUUAUGGAGAGAAAGGACUUUGAGACAUGGCUUGAUAACAUUUCUGUUACAUUUCUUUCUCUGACGGACUUGCAGAAAAAUGAAACUCUGGACCACCUGAUUAGUCUGAGUGGGGCAGUCCAGCUCAGGCACCUCUCCAAUAACCUGGAGACUCUCCUCAAGCGGGACUUCCUCAAACUCCUUCCCCUGGAGCUCAGUUUUUAUUUGUUAAAAUGGCUCGAUCCUCAGACUUUACUCACAUGCUGCCUGGUCUCUAAGCAGUGGAAUAAGGUGAUAAGUGCCUGUACAGAGGUGUGGCAGACUGCCUGUAAAAAUUUGGGCUGGCAGAUAGAUGAUUCUGUUCAGGACGCACUGCACUGGAAGAAGGUUUACUUGAAGGCUAUCUUGAGGAUGAAGCAGCUGGAGGACCAUGAAGCCUUUGAGACCUCAUCACUAAUUGGACAUAGUGCCAGAGUGUAUGCACUUUACUACAGAGAUGGACUUCUCUGCACAGGUAAGGGCCUGGGCAAGUGCCCAGGGUGGGGAAGCAGGGCUCCUCUCUCCUGACAAGACCGGUCUCUGUAAGCUUGCUCCCUCUUGAGAAGAGCAAGCGUUGGUAUAUGGGACAUUUGUAGUGAUGCUUUCCUCUGAGCACAUGUCCCCACUCCUCAUGCUCUUCUUCUCUUAGAGAAGAGUCUUUUUUUGGGGGGGGUACAAGACAGGGUUUCUCUGUGGCUUUGGAGACUACCUUGGAACUAGCUUUUGUAGACCAGGCUGGUCUCAAAUUCACAGAGAUCCCCCUGCCUCUGCCUCCCGAGUGCCGGGAUUAAAGGCGUGUGGCCCACCGCCCGGCGAGAAGAGUCAUUUUUAUAGGGAUUUAUUAAGACCGUCUUUUAAGUGUAAUGUGAAUCAGAAAAGUGUAGGCUACUUCUUAUACUUUUCUUCCAUAUUUAUUAAUUUUGUGUCUUAUCUUUAGAAAAACAUUUUAGGUUUGACAAGAACAUUUUUAGAUGAACUAUUUAACCUGUAUUUAUUUCCUUGCCUUUAAAAUAAUGGGAAGGGACAUGUUCCUUCCAUACAUCUGUUCGUUCGUUUGUUUGAUUGGUUGGUUUUGUUUUGGGUUUUUUUCUUUUUUGUUUGUUUGUUUGUUUGGUUUU